CCAGGUCAGCACAUACUAUAGAAGUCCCGCAUGGUGGCUGGCAAGUGCAAUGCGAUUUGGAUGAAAGGAGGGGACACAAAGGUUUAGCUCCAGUAUGUUCGUGCAGUGUAAUCCUCAUAGACUCAGCGCCAGGGUAUAAGAGCUCCAGGCAUUGCCAGACGCAAACACUCUCAGAGUGAACCUUUGGUACGGACACACGCGCUCAACACACAGGCAUCAUGUCUUCCAGUGGAGAAAAAAAGACUGCCUCCCAGACCGACGGCAAGGGCCAGACCAAGAAGUCCGACAUGGGAAUGAUGUCCUACAAGAUGUAUGUGUUUGACCAGGAGAACUUCCAGGGACGUAUGAUUGAAAUCAGCAACGAGUGCAUGAACGUUUGCGAAAUGGGCAUGGACAAAGUUCGCUCACUACGUGUGGAGUGCGGCCCUUUUGUGGGCUUUGAGCAGAUGAACUUCUGCGGAGAGAUGUACAUUCUAGAGAAGGGCGAGUAUCCUCGUUGGGAUUCCUGGAGCAACUGCCAAAAGAACGAUUACCUGCUAUCUUUCAGACCCGUCCGAAUGGACCCUGAGAAGCACAAGAUCUGCCUGUACGAGGUGGGUGAGUACAAGGGACGCAAAAUGGACAUCAUGGAUGAUGACGUUCCCAGUCUGUUCUCUUACGGAUUCACCGACAGAGUUGGCAGCAUCAUGGUCAGCUGUGGAACGUGGGUGGGAUAUCAGUACCCCGGAUACCGUGGUAGCCAGUUCCUGCUGGAAAAGGGCGAAUACAGACACUUUAACGCGUAUGGCGCUAGCUGCCCUCAGUUCCAGUCUGUGAGACGCAUCCGUGACAUGCAGUGGCACCCAUUUGGCUGCUACACCAUGGCCACCAAGUGA